GCAGAGAAAACCUCACACAAUAUCUAACGAAAGAGAGAAAGAGAAAAAAAAGUUUAAAAAUGGAUGCAUUUCUUUUUUAUGUAUUCAUUUUUCUUCUUACUCUGCUCUUUUUUCAUUUCGUUAUCAAAAUCACAUACAAAGAUGGAUCUCAAAAACGAGCUAAGCUUCCUCCUGGCUCAAUGGGUUGGCCUUACAUAGGCGAAACUCUUCAACUUUAUUCUCAGGACCCAAACACCUUCUUUGCUUCCAAACAGAAAAGGUAUGGAGAAAUUUUCAAGACCCAUAUUCUUGGGUGCCCAAGUGUGAUGCUGGCGAGCCCAGAGGCAGCGAAGUUCGUUCUGGUGACAGAAGCUCACCUGUUCAAGCCCAGUUACCCCAAAAGCAAGGAACGCUUGAUUGGACCAUCGGCCUUGUUCUUCCACCAAGGAGACUACCAUGGUCGACUGAGGAAGCUGGUUCAGGGCUCUCUUUCCCUCGACGCCAUCAGGAAUUUGGUUCCUGAUAUUGAAGCCGCAGCUAUCUCUGCCUCCAGUUCCUGGGCUAAUGGACAAGUUAUAAACACCUUUCAUGAAAUGAAAAAGUUAUCUUUCGAGGUGGGUAUUCUCUCAAUCUUUGGCCAUUUGGAGUCAAAUGUGACCGAAGAGCUUAAAAAGAACUACAGUAUAGUAGACAAAGGCUACAACUCCUUCCCCACCAACAUUCCAGGGACUCUUUACAAGAAGGCCCUCUUGGCAAGGGAAAAGCUAAGUAAGAUUUUGAGUGAUAUUAUUUGGGAGAGGAAAGAGAAGAAAUUGGUAGAAAAAGAUGAUCUUUUGGGUUGCUUCUUGAACUCUAAAGAUGAGAAAGGAGAGGUGUUAAGUGAUGAUCAGAUAGCUGAUAACAUAAUUGGAGUGCUUUUUGCUGCUCAGGACACCACAGCCAGUGUCAUGACCUGGGUUGUCAAGUUCCUUCAUGAUGAACCGAAGCUUCUAGAGGCUGUCAAGUCUGAACAGAAGGAGAUUCGUAGACUUAAUGAAGAAAAUAAACAGCCGUUGACAUGGAGGCAAACUAGAAAUAUGCCAAUUAGUUACAAGGUUGUGUUGGAGAGUUUGAGGGUUGCAAGCAUUAUAUCUUUCACUUUCAGAGAAGCUGUGGCUGAUGUUGAAUACAAGGGCUACUUAAUCCCAAAAGGUUGGAAGGUGAUGCCCUUGUUCAGAAACAUUCAUCAUAAUCCUGAAUUUUUCAGUCAACCUCAGAAAUUUGAUCCCUCUAGAUUCGAGGUGUCCCCCAAACCCAAUACAUUUAUGCCAUUUGGCAGUGGUACACAUGCUUGCCCUGGAAAUGAACUUGCCAAGCUGGAAAUACUGAUUAUGCUCCACCAUUUGGUCACCAAUUUCAGGUGGGAAAUUGUGGGACCUGAAAGCGGUGUUCAAUACAGCCCAUUCCCAGUGCCUCACAACGGACUACCAGUCAGAUUUUGGAGAGAAUCUAUAACUACCACCUAGCUUCAACCUCUCUCUCCCAAUAAACUAAAUAAAUUCAUUAUUAAUACAAAAUUUAUAUUAAUAUUUA